AUGGACUUCGCAUAUCCUUCGUCUAAUUACAGUGCGGCAUCUUCCAGUUUGGCGGAUUUCCGUGGCGUCGUUAGUACCGUCGCUUUGGUCAUUAUCAUCAUUCCCAACGCAAUUGUCUUGACCUUCUUUACCAUCCGCAGCUGCCGGCGGAACUCCUUUUCUGUCUACGUAAUGGCACUGCUAAUGCUAAACAUUAUCGCGACAGUGACAUAUUAUCCCUUUAUUUUAAUCAGCAGCCUGUCGUAUUGGUGGAUGGGCUCAUCCAUGUGUACCUUCUUCCUGUACUCUGCCGACGUACUGGCUUUUGUCAUAACCCUGCUUCACAUGGCGAUGGCUCUCAACCGGAUAUGGGCGGUGCUAAGCCCCAUUCAUUAUCGGCAGUAUCAUACCCGAAAGGUCGCCGUGGCGAUCAUCUUCAUUGUCAUCAUUCUUCCACAUUUCAGCGCUUUACCGGUGCUGAUAACGGAUGCCCUGUACUAUCGCUUCCCCGAAGAACGCUACGGUUGCGGUAUCAAUAUCCAGGCGCAACUGGAAUGGAUGCUGUGUAACCUUCUCCUCUUGGGAGUAGUACCAAUCAUAUUCUUACUACUCUCCUACCCAGUUGUAUUAUCAGUGCUGAUGAGGCACCAUCGAACCGGCCCGCAGGUGGAAGCGCGACGAAAUUCCCGAACACGGCCACGACGAUUUCCUCGCAAGGCGCUGGUGACCCUGACCAUUUUGACCGGAAGUGUUAUCUGCUUUUGGUUGCCUUCGGUGGCUGUGGCGUUUUUGGACCUCGCCAAUCUGCAGGAAUCAGUUGAGUGGCUGGAGUGUUUGGCGAUGAUAACGUAUGCGGCGCAGAGCGUGCUGGAUCCGUUUCUGUUCGCUGCUGUAUUGUCGGAUGUCGCCGAGCAGAUGAAGGCUUUGAUCUGCAUAUGCACCAGAAAGUUGGUCAGUGGAAUUGCAACUGCUUAG